AUGGUCUCGACAAUCAUUGAUUCCGAUUCUUCUCCAUUCGCACAGCUCUGUCGGGCAGCCAUGUUGGUUGAAUUUGCCAUAAAGGCCACCUGGGCGCUUCCGACUGAUCAUUCUGCAAUUUCCAAAUGUCCUGCUCUCGUUGACCAAAUGUGCGACUUCAUGUUCGUUGUCGACAGAGAAGGCUCUGGAGAUAAACAGGCUGAUUACUCAUGGAUCGGGUCUCAAGCCCUCGCUAGGUCGGCUGCUUUCGUCUUACUUGACUUCUUUGCAUGCCCCGAGAAACUGAGCGGUCAAGCAGGAUACGUCAUGUCGCCAGGCGCGAAAAGUGAGGAUGAGGUAUGCAUGACAAAUCGUGCUAUGGUAAUGACAAAAGAACUUGCAUAUCAGACCCAUUCUUUGGUGCAGAAACUCAUUCCUUCGAUGGAUACAGAUGAACUCUCAUCCUCAUACUUCUCGCAGAUAAGUCCGCAUAUUUUGGACUUAGUGUACUCCGCUUUAGCGACCUUCUACUGGUUUGCGGCAGAGGAGGGUAAUGGGGCAUAUCAGCACCACAUUUACGAUAUGCGCCAGUUCCUGGGGAGCAUGGGCAGCCGUUGGAGGCUAGCCAACGAAUAUCUCGGCCUGGUAGGAUACCAUGAUAGUAACAACAGGGCAGAAUUUCUUACCUGA